AAAAUGGGAUUUGAAGAUUAGAUUCCACCUAUUCCAAAUAGAGAUCAAGAAAAGAGAUACAUUGCUACAGUAGAAAAGUCCUUCUAUGAUCAACCCCUCUAUAAAUUUUAUAUGAAUGAAGCAUUAAGAGAAAGAAAGAUGGACUAUGCUGAUAAAUUGAACACAUUCAAAUAUGAAUGGAUUCUCAAUUUUGCUGCAUCUGGCAUAGUAUUUAGCUUGUUAUAUGUAAAAGAUUAACAAAUUAAUUAGUUUAUUCCCGUUUCCCACUUUUAUAGACAAACAAGUACAGGAGUUCCAACCUAUUAUCAGUAUUAUUUAAUCUUAUAUGUUAGACCUAAGAACAAGGCAGUUUUUAAAUAAGGAUAUUUACAAAAUCAAAAUUGGAAAAGAUUCAAGUUAUAUUCAUUCUUAGUUUUUGGAUCAGCAUUUAUUUUUGCUCAUACUUAUACAGACAGAUCAUAAAUUCAUGAUGAAUAUUACAACAAUGUAGGAGUCAUUAAGCCAAAAUUUGAAUGAGAUAGAAUUAAAUAAGAAUAAUAAAAUUAUUAUAGUAUUAUCAAAU